CUAAGGUGAGAUGCAUGUAAUCAUUAUCAUUGGGUGGCACUCUCGAUCAACGAGUUUAAAUCAUCUGCAACUUGGUAGGAAUACGGACAUUCCUUCUCUUCAUCCACUGAGAAUCCUACACACGCUAGUGCCAUGUCUAGAAGCUUGCUUCUAUCUUCUUUUUUAGAUUCAUUGUCAUGUACUAGACUCGGGAUAAAGAUUUUAUCAUCGUCCAUCCACGAUUUUCCAGUCACGACCAUUUCUCUCAAUUUUGCAGUCGAGAGUGCCACCCAAUGAUAAUGAUUACCUACAUCUCACCUUAGUUUGUUGAUCUAACUUCCGUACUCUAAAUUGUUAUUGCGGAGGGUGUUUUGAUUUUUGCUACAACUCAUGCGUGUUGACCACCACCCACCCCCGUCCCCCCAAACCUAAAAUACUAUUUAGUUGCUUCAAAAAUGAAGAAUGCACACCCCAAUGGCGUAUAUGUCAUCCCUUCAAUGAACACAUUUCAUACGGUGAGGGCCCGCGCGUACCCCAAAAAAGCAGCUAUAGAAAAAAAAAGAAGAGAGAAAUGAGAAAUAGUUGCUUUGUUUGCUUAAUUAUAAAUAUGGAAAUAAAUAAAAAUACUCACAGGGUAAAGGCCGGGCAAACACACUUUCACCUAAGUAUAAAAGUUCACCCUCAGGGCGUGCGGCUCCAAAGUCUAUUAACACAGUAUUCGUGCCCUACAUGUCAAACCACCAUAAUUAAUGACAUAAACAAUUGAUUAAAAUAUAUAGAACUACGAGCCUCUUUUUACCUCAUCAACCAACACAUUAUUAUGUUUGAAAUCACCUAACCUCCCUCCUCCUCGUAUAUAUAUCAUGGGCACGCAGCAAGGCCAAACCAAUCUAAUAAAAUCCUCUUAAUAUAUAUCCCAAGAGACACAAGCCAGCCAGGCUGCAGCCAUGACGUGGUGCACCGAACUCGAGGAGGUGGCGUACUCCGUAGUGGAAUACAUUCCUUUGGUCGGCACUGUAUACUCUCUCAAACGAGCCGGCAUCGCCUACACCGAGCGCGACUGGCUGAACCACUGGCAGUCCCUCGGCAACUUGCUCGAGAGCUCCGUUUGCGACAUCGUCCUCUAUCUUCGCCGAGUACUCCGAGCCCGCCACGGCGGUGGUCCUGCACACCAUGGCCGAGUCGUUCACCGACAAGAUGAUCGACAUCUACCACCGCGACCACCCCAGAGUCGAAGUCAAAAGCGCGCUGGACAAGGGAAGCGGCCAUGUCCUCGUCACGGAGUCGUCGGAGGGCGAGAACAGGGACCUAAUCUUCAGUGGCAAAGCCAAGGGUGUCCCCCACUUUCACCGUACUGUCUUCACAGGAACGCUCACGCAUCCCGAAUAUGCCCCGAAUGGCCGGGGAGAUUAUCAAGCUUCAUAUCCGGAGGGGAUUGUGCAACAGGGCACGCGUCACCUUUUCGUGGAGAUGGACUCAAGAUUGGGAUUGAGCAAGGAAUAGGCCCCCAGACCCCUUUCGAUCAGGAGCUUCUUCUCAACGUACUAAGAACAAAUAAUUCCGCAAUAAAUGCGGAGUAAAUAAACAGUGGGUCGGAGUACAUUCUGACUCAGUCCUUGCUCAAGCUAGCCUACUUAGCUUGGAGCCUGGUUUGCUUUAAACUUUUUCAUUAUAUUUUUUUAUUUUCCCUUGGAUGGUUGGGGACUUGGGGUGCAUUGAAUCACUACAAGAAAAUAAGGAUACAAGGACACUAAUUAAGGACACUCAAUUUAGAAUGUGUCAUUAAAACUUUUUUAAGACACCUAUGAUUAAAAUACAAAUUUAUACGGAGUAAAUUUUAUGUGUCCUGAAGCACCUUCAAAUAUCGUAAAGAUUAUAGGGAGUAUGAAAAUGAAGUCUACACCGCAUCUCUCUCUAGGGUUUCUAUCCGCCGAUUUAGAUCUGAUAAUUGGCUUCUUCGUCUAAUUUUCCGUCUUCUCUGGCCUCUUACAAUUCAUUCGCCAAGGUGCUUUCUAGUAAGAAUGUCUGGUUACCCUCCGAAACUCCAUGGCUGGCUUAGUCAAAGGUAACUCCUUAAUCUAUUUUACCGAGGAAGAAAUUAGGGUUCUUGCCUACCGUUUUGAUAGCUCUUUUGUGGGUCGGUGUACUGAUGGAAGAUUAAAUAUGGUCUUUAUCCAUAAAUCCCUAAAUGCAAUUGGUUUUAAAGCAGAUUUUUCACUUGUCAACUAGACGAUGCUCACACACUAAUUACUUUCUCCUGAUGCGAUGAUUUUCUUAGAUGUCUGAUUAAGAACACCUAGUCUAUUCUCUACUUUCAACUAUAAAAUUUGUUUCCAAUCUAGAUUAGACUUGGGGAUUUCCGAUUCGAACACCUUUGACGGUAAGUGCAUCAACUUUUUCCUUGGCCAGACCUUCUCUAAGUUGCAUAUGUGUGGAAGUUAAUUUAUCUCGAGAUCUUCCAAAAUUUGUAUGUAUUAAUCCUUUUAAAAAUGGAUCAAUUAUUAAUCACUUCUGGAUUUUUUCUUUUUGUGCAGAUUAAAUGGAAACUCUAAUACCCACUGUAAAUGUAAGUUUCCUCCUAAAGGGUGGAUCUCCGAAAUGGGUCAGGAAUGGGCUUACUGCCCCUACUCCAGGCAUAAUGAAGAAAAUCUAACCCCAUUAGGAGCAGGAAACUACUAAUACAAAUGGUAUUGGGGAUGUUGUUCCUCAAUUUAUAAAUCCUUCUUUGGAUCCUGUUAUGCCACCCCCUUUUACUGAUGCUACUAUGAAUCCAGUAGCUACAGGUGUGGAGUUGCCUUCGAUUCUUUUCAAAAUGUAGGCCCUACCUACAGUUUUGUUUAUGCAAAAUGAAACGAUUACACUUUUUCUGAUCCUCCUAUAGCUAAACUAAGUAAUGCCUUGGUACAAGAUAAUGAAGUUUACUAACUACAGAUUGUAGUGAUAAAGUACAUUGGUCUUCGUCUUGACCCUUGAGAAGAAGUUGAACUAGUUGUUGCUCAAACGACUAAUGCCACUCCAUCAAAGAAUAACCUUAUUAUUUGGCCAAAGGAUUCUUCCCUUACAAAAGUCCUCUACAUUUGGAAGUGAUGAUAUUACUACCAGAAUUUGAUAUCUGCAUUGGUCGAUUCUUUCUUUUGGUAUCUUUAUGUUUUGUAAUUUUGUUGUUUAAACAUUACUCCAUAUAUUAUUCAUAGAACUUAUGUUUCUAAAAACAUUUCCCUUAUGAAAGCUUUUUCUUCUACAUUUUGUUUAGUCAUUUUAGUGUUUUGGCAGAUUCUUAUAAUGUUUUAGUCAUUUUAGAAAUCUGAAUGGUAUCUACUUAAUGGUAUCUUUUUUACCUUUCAGGUAUAAUACAAUGAUUCAGAAUUUGAUCAAGGAAGGAAAGAUUGUACCCUCUGAAGUAAUAUUAUUCUCCUCCAAUGUGCAAUUCACGAGAAAAGAACAAGUUUCUUAUUGAUGGCUUCCUUCGAAAUAAAGAACAUCAUGAAGCUUUUGAAGGUGUUGUAAGUUUUCAUGUAAAUUUUUAUGAGGUACUCUUGCAUUUAUGACUUGCAAAUAAAUUGAAAUUCUACCA